GCUCCAAUCGACCUGAAAUUUUCACUGCAACUAAAAAGUAAAAAAAAAUAACUUUAGCCAUAGUUUUUGAGUAAUUUAAAAUUUAAUAAACAGGGAACAGUAUUUUAAAUGGAUCAGUCUGUUUUGAAUUUUCUUAUCUCUUUUCAAGUGCACCAAGAUGCACAUACCAAAGUGUCGUAGCUCCGGGACUCCAUUUUUUUGUUGAAUUUUUGAGUUUUCACAAACGCGUGUUAUCGCUUCGAAUUUAGAACACUGAAUGAUCUUAUGCCGUGAAGACUCGAUUGCAUCAACCAAAGUAGAGUCUCCAAAAUCGAUGAAAAGCUGAGCGUCACACUCAUCUUCUUUUGGCGCUCUUCAAAUCUCCAAACACGCUUAAAAUUCUUGAUACAGUGGCAGUACAACCUUCACACAGUGAAACUUACACCGAACAAGUGUGAAUAGAUUUUCCGUUGAUGCUUUCGUCGAAUUGGAGGUCGAUCAACAAAUCGCGUUUACUCGAGAUCUCCAAACUGUGCUUUUUAUUUUACCGGCCUUGCGUUAGACGCAAACAUCGUUUAGGUAUUUUUUUUGUUCUUCAAUCCUUUCGGUCUUUGUGUAAACAAAGCUUCCUCUUCACACAGUUAUUUCAAUUAGUGUUUUUAUUUUAGAUUAGUACCCAUCAUAUAUCCCACAAUAUUCCUUUCUUCUACUCUUUUUUUUCAGAGAAUGAUGUGUCAUCUCCGAUGUUAAAUAACAAUUUUGAAUAUUGAAACCGCAGGAGCCUGUCCUUAGUCAAGAAGCAAUGAAUAAAUUGACCUCCGUUUAAAAUUACAUUUCUCGACCCAUUCACAAAUUUGAGUUAAAACAACUUAUAUUUUUUUUUGUAGUCUGAUUUCUCCGUGCUGUUCGAAAAGGCCUUUUUUUGCAUCCCGUGCACUUGUGAUGUGACGCCCACGUAGGCAUCACGCCUUGACUUCGCAAACGAACAACUGUCAAUGUCAAAUGUCAGAACUUUGGGCAACGUCAGUUUGUUUUUGUUUGUUUUCCAUUGAGUUUUUUCUCCGCUGCUUUUCAUAAAUCAAAUUUACGCUGAUCAAGCCCCGCUAAAUUUGUGCAAAAUCUCGAAACAAUAAUAAGUAAUUAUUACUUUAUGUAAAGCGAUCAUUGUUUCCCCGAAAUCGACUACACCAGACGACACCAGCCAGGAGGAAAUCCCGCCCAAUCCGAUCGCUUGAUUGCUAGGCCAACCACUGUAAUAUGCCAAGUGCCAAUAUCUCGCAUGAACGGACAAAAAUACAUUGCAAGCCCUUACUUCAGUUAGAUGGACGCAGGAAUUAGGAAAAUAAUGUAUAGGAUGGGCAAAGAUAAAGCGUUUAUUUUCUCAGAUUAGUACCCAUCAUAUAUCCCACACAAAGCUAGAUCUAUAAGUUGGUAAACCGCUUAUUAUUGAGUUGUCUCAAUAGCGUAUCUGCUAGCAGAUUCCACAAAAUUGGUGAUAACCCAACUAACAUUCAUUUAUUUAACAAACACCAUUAUGGCAGUUUUAUUCAGCCUUAUGUUCAAUACCGAAACAUUCAUAUCGUCUGUGUAAAUUUAUUUCGGGUUAAAAUUCUCUUAUAUUUUUUUUUAUUAGAGCGUUUAUUAAGUUCUCACUUUUUAUUCAAGGAUUUUUCUCAGUCCAAUCACUUAUAAAUUAGCAUACGCAGAGCAAUAAUAGUACUAAUCUCACUCAAUGUAUCUUAUCACAUAAAUCAAAUUAAAGUAAAAUAUAUGUGCUUGCAUUGCACAUCCACCACAUGAUUUGGGGUUACAUUCGUCCGGAAGAACACCGUACGGUUAGAUGGCGUUCGAUGCCAUCCUCGGGACUGGCUCUGGCCAGUUUUUGUCUUCUAUAUACGUCCAUUAUAGCUGUCAUUUCACCCAAAGUACAAAACUACACCCUCACCGCCAUCGAGUACCUAUCGGAGCACCAUCCCGGACGAUUUGAGUGCACUUUUCUGGACGUCAGCGGCGGAACUUACUUCGAUCACGAUUUUCAAGAACUGAUCCACUCACCCCGGCUGGGUCUCAUCGCCAAGUAUGUGAUCAAUGAUUCCACCCUGUUGAGCUAUAGGGCGGGGCUUCCGUGGUUUCCGGCGCUGGUGGUGAUCAACGUUCACGCGGAUAAGGUCGAUUUUCACAGCGACCAGUUCGAAAUGAACCCUAACACCAGGAUAUUGAUACUGUUCAAGAUGGACUACGCGUAUUCGGUGGUGAUGUCGGCCAUGUUUUUCUCUAUGAGCACUCAUUUUACACGAAUGGUUUGUCUCGAGUCGGCUGAUAUGAUUUUCAUACGGGUGGGAUUCAACGGGUCGUUUCAUGGUUAUUUGAGCUACAUGGAGCCUAGUGAAUUGUUCAAGAAUAUACUGCAUGAUAUGGGAGGGCGAACCAUCGGCUAUAGUGGCAGUAUUCGGAUUUCGCAAAGGCAUCAGAAUUGGAUGAAAGAAACCGCUCGGUAUCUCAACGCAACAUCGAGAUAUCUGAGAGCUCCGUGUGAUCGGAGAUUGGGAGGGAUUUCUGACUGUUAUCCACGGUUUUACAAGUCCAAUCCAGUCGUCAUCGCGUUGGACUGUAAUUUUCUCUCAUCGAUAUCAGCCCAGAUGUAUCGGUCGUUAUUUGAAAUUGUGCCCGAGACAAACGUUUUUGCUAUUCCAAUGUCUAGAACUAUCAACGUUUUGGAGAUGUUCUUUUGGCCUUUCUCGCUAGCCGCAUGGAUUGUUCUAGCGCUGAUUACCGCCUUACUUGAGAUACUCAGUAUAUUCUAUCCCAAGCUAUUCAGAAACGAUCCAACUCUACUCAUCAUAUGUGGUUUCGAGCGCUACAAUUUACACACCGCAGGUGCUAAAGAGAAGCUGAUUUUCCUUUCUAUGAUCAUAUUUUUCUUCCUAAUGACAAACGCCUACGAAACAAUGAUCAUUUCGUUUAUGAUCGAGAAGCCAUCGAUAAGCAAAAUUAGAACCAUACAGGAGCUGAUCAACUCAGGACUGCAGCUGGCAGCGCAAAAAGUGUCAAAGAUUGCCCUUUACAAUGAUCCAAGAUUCAGUGGAAUGCUACUGGACAUAUCGAACCAUUCAGUGGAUGACUUCGAUGGCAAAAGUGCAUUCUAUGGCACACUGUCCUACAUGGAGGAUCGCAUACGGAUGCCGAUUAAUUACGAUUACAAAAGACGUCGACCGACUUACUACAUACUGGAUGAAACCUACGGGAUGGUCGUUUGCCUCUACUGGAUGCCCUGGUUCGAUUCGUUGAUGGAAAUGUUCUACUACACAGAGCGGAUCUUCUUUGAAGCUGGACUACUGUCCAAGUGGUAUCGGGACGAUACCGGCAAUUUUUCCGCAUUCCAAAUUCAGUUGCUGCCCAGGAGAGAUUUGAAUUUUGCAGAUUUUGAAGACAGAUUGGGCUUUGGAGAUAUGCUACCGGCGUGGAUUGCGAUUGGGAUUGGAUUGGCUGUUAGUUUGUUGGUGUUAUCUGGUGAAUAUGUGCUGUUCCGAUGCUUUAAUUGUUGGAAGUCGGUAAAGUGGUCUCCGGAUCAGAUCAGAGGAGCAGAUGAAUAACCACAGUUAUUCCAUUAAAACGACGAUGGAUAAACCUACCCUAAAGAUGUAAAAAACAUAAAUGCUUAGUAUGUUUACAUGUUUUAUUAUACUUUAAUGCGCGGUGUAAUAAAAAAAAAAACAAAACAUGAACUGAAUCUUUGA